UCACAAACUGAAAUCAUUAACUUCUGUGUGUUGUAUAUUUAAGUUGUGGGUUUGUGACAAGCUGUUAUGGGAUUUUCAAGUAUGAGGCAUUGAUCCAGUCACCAGCUGCUAACCAUCUCCUCCUCCCAGCCUAGAGGUGGUGAUGUUACAUCUCCUGACACAAGAACUGUAACAUCACAGCCAUAUUUUACACACUGUUUACUUCAGAACUGGUUUAUUUACAGCAGGGGCUCCUAUGACGCUGCUGGCUAAGGAAAAGACUGGACUAGUGCCUACACACACACACACAGGCCUGAGUUAAACGGGCUGAUGGUCAAAGAAGUGGCUGUACAGUGAAAAUGAUUUGAAUACAAUGAUUUGAAUAAUGGUAGGCAUGUGUGCUCCUCACUGCUGCACAGUUCAUCCAUCACUGGUGAAUGUGGUGCAGCAAUGAGCCGGGCUGCAGGCUGCUGCCAGAAGUCUCUGCACUAUGUGUUUGAUUAUGAAACUCCAAAAACAUUGGUGAUACCAAACAUAUGGGUAGGACUUGUCUUCAGAUUCGUCCAGCUUCUGGUGGUGCUGUAUGUGGUGGGGUAUGUGUGUGUGGUGCAGAAAGCGUACCAGGAUACAGACUCUGUCAUCAGUACUGUCACCACCAAAGUGAAAGGUUUCGCCUUCACCAACACAUCUGACACAGAACCACAUUUUUGGGACGUGGUUGAUUAUGUUAUGCCACCUCAGGGUGAUCAUUCUUUCUUUGUGUUGACGAAUAUGGUUAUUACACCCAAACAAACUCAGACACACUGUCCCCAGCUUCCAACUCCAUCAACUACUUGCGUGGACGACUGUGACUGUAUCGUGGGACACGCUGAUCCUCGAGGAAACGGUAUACAGACAGGACUGUGUGAGAACUACUCCACAACUGUCCGGACCUGCGAAGUGCUUUCAUGGUGUCCUCUUGAAAAAGAAACCAAGAUGCCUGAACGUGCACUGCUGGCUGCAGCAGAAAACUUCACAGUGUUGAUCAAAAACAGUGUGACGUACCCGAACUUCAACUUUCACAGAAGAAACAUAUUGCCACAUAUUAAUUCCUCAUAUCUGGGGAAGUGUGAGUUCAAUCGUACAACAGACCCUUACUGUCCCAUAUUCCGCCUCAAACACAUCGUUUCAGAGGCUGGAGAGGACUUUCAAGACAUGGCUAUGAAGGGUGGCAUCAUUGGUAUUAUUAUUGACUGGAGCUGUGACCUGGACUGGUGGGCAGGGAAGUGUUACCCCAAGUACAGCUUCCGCAGGCUGGACAGCAAAAGUCCUGUCAAUAAUGUUGCUCCUGGAUUUAACUUCAGGUUCGCCAAAUACUACAUGACGCCAGAUGGAGAGGAAUCUAGGACCUUGAUCAAAGCAUACGGGAUCCGGUUCGACGUCAUUGUUUUUGGAACUGCCGGAAAGUUUGGAAUUGUACCCACCAUAAUAAACUUGGGAGCAGCGUUGUCAUUCCUUAGUUUGGUGCCUGUAGUUUCUGACUGGGUCAUGUUGACAUGCAUGAGGAAAAGAGAUCUUUACAGUAAAUAUAAAGUCACAUAUCUGAAUGAGGAUGGUGACAGUGAAUCAGUAUCAUUGGGCACCUCCUAUGGAACCCAGUAGCAUGGUCACCUCAACAUCUGGACCAGCAGGUGAUCCGGCCCUGCUCGGAAAAAACUGACAUGAAAACAGAGAUUUUCAACGUCAUGUAAAUUCUUCA